AUGAAAGAGCUACUGACCUACGCUCAGAAUGCCAACCCUACAGAAGAACCUGGAAAAUCAAGCAAAGACGAUGGCUCGGAGCUUAUAGUUACAGACUCGCUGAACGAAUUAGAAGGGGCGUUAAGAGGAGUGAUUGGAUUACCUAUCGAAAUCCUUAUUGAGGUAUUAGGGUACCUCGCAUUGCCAGAUACACUGGCGCUUUCGCGCUCGAGCAAGUUCUUCCGUCGAAUUCUGAUGAACCCCACUGCCGCUACCCUAAACGUAUGGCGUGCAUCUAUCGAGAAUGUACCAGGGUUGCCAUCGUGCCCAAAAGACCUGUCUGAGCCGCAGUAUGCGGCACUGAUAUAUUCUCACCACUGCACUGUGUGCGGUACCAGUACCUCGGAGCCGAUGGAUCCGUACCUAAAUACCCGGCUAUGCCAAGAUUGCAUCGAAAAAAACAUUGUCGCUGCCGAAGACAUCAAAGAUGAAGUAGUCGGAGUACUAAUUCCGCAGUCGCCUAUCUCUAGGCUAAAGGGAGGCGGCUGCUGUACAAAGACGUGCCUAAGACGUGAUAAGGAGGCGAUGGAGGCCUGGUAUAAGGAGCUGCAUCAACGCCAACUUUCACGAAAGGAAAUACGGUCUGAGAUAGGACAGAUAGGGGAUAACUUGGUAGAAAGGGUGUUGGCUUCAGAGAAGCUCGACACUUUCCCCGUUUCAGAGUUAAGAUCUAUUCCAGUCUCCCACGGUCAGCUUGUUGUGGAUGGUGAUCAAAUCUAUUGGGAGCUCAGCGUGCUCGGCCUAAACCUCAACCCGGGAAAGAUUGAAUUGCUUGGUAUGUUUGUCAGAGGUUUCUGCGGUGGUCAAUCCCUCAAUUCUUCUUCGGAACUAUCUAGAAGCUACUGA